AUUCCUAACAGAUCUGUGCAUGAAAAUAAUGUUGCCGUACAACGCACACAACAGCUAUCAGCAUCAGUUUCCCUCGCCGGAGAUUGAAAUUCCGGCGAAAUGGAAGAUUUCAUACGGACACGAGGAGACUGCUCCUCCUUGUCCUCGUUGUGCAUCUUCCAACACCAAGUUUUGUUAUUACAACAACUACAGCUUGUCUCAGCCUAGAUACUUCUGCAAAGGCUGCCGCCGUUACUGGACCAAAGGUGGCUCUCUCCGCAACAUUCCCGUUGGUGGAGGCUGUCGCAAGAGGAGUCGGAGCAGACGACAGAGCAGUCACAAAAGGUUCGGUCCGAGCGAAAAUCAGCCAGAUGUUCUUAUCAAUGGGUCCCAGUCAAGCCAUGCUGGUUCUGAUAUUGAUUUGGCUGCUGUUUUCGCACAGUACGUGAAUGCUCCGAGCCCUUCAAGUACAGAUAACACCACCGGAUCUGAUCAAGAUUCACCGGUAGUAACAACAACAAACACGCAUGCUUUAGAUUCCUUGAGCUGGGAUAUCUGCCAAGAAACGGAUGUGAAUCUUGGAUUCUACCGGGAAUUCAACGAUCUGACCAACAAGAUCCAAGAAGAUGAACGAGGGUUAGGUCAGUUUCUCCAAGAAGAUCAAGAAGAGAUCUUCGAGUUCCAAGGUUUACUCGAUGACAAAGAUAUUCAAGAGAUCCUCGAAUGCUCAUUUUCAGAGGAGCCAGACCAGUUAACAUCUCAGGGAAGCUUCAUGAUCAAUGGUGAUCACUGGAGUUCAACAGAUCUUACAAGGUUCGGGAUUUGACGAGAUGGACAAACAUUAUUUUUUUGAAAAAUCACAUAAUACUUAAUUUAUUAAAUACAUAAAACGUUUAAUUUAUACUUAAAGUCAUUCUUAUAUGUUCAUGAAUUAUUAUUAUAUCAUACAUGAACGAUCCCACGAUAGGAUCCGGGAGUA